GAACAGUCCAUAUACGAGUUCUUCAUUCAUUUCAACGAUUACCAGUGCAUUGUACAGAUGUAAUUGAACAAUAAUGGACAUACAACAAAUCAAUGGAUAAUUCAGUUCACAAGGAUGAACAUCAAUGAAAGUAUAGUCUUUGAUCUCAACUUCAGUAUCAACACGAAGACCGCCUUUGAAUUUGUAACGGUAGACCCAAAGAAAUUAAACAUAACACAGCAAAUAAUUGGAUCACCUCAUAAUGUUAUCACUGUGUAUAUAGAAAAAUACGUGAUACCUAUAAUAUGUUUGCUAGGACUGAUUGGGAACACUCUUUCCUCGAUAGUGUUUUUACGUAAACCAAUUCGGAAUAGUUCGUGUAGCAUAUUUCUGUGCGCGAGAGGCUUCUCUGAUAAUGGUUUUCUUUCAACGCUUCUAAUAAUUUGGAUUUCCCGCACUUUUCAGUUGCGGUUAGGCGAGGUCCAGAACUCAUGCCAGAUUAUAAUUUUUCUUACGUAUGUAUGUGGAUGUACAUCAGUUUGGCUUGUUGUUUUUGUCACUGUAGAAAACUACAUUCGAAUAUGCAGACCCUUUAUCGUCAACAGAGUUUGUACGACAAAAAUAGCUAAAGUUGUUGUCGGGAUUCUUUGGUUUGUGACAUUAUGCAUCUAUAAUUUUCCUUUCUGGACAAUGAGUCCAGACACGUGUGUGCUUUACGGGCGUUUUCAUAAUACGGUGCAAGUAUUUGUAUAUGCAGAUACGUUUUUAACAUUAGUAGUGCCUAUAAUAUGUAUAACUUUAGUAAUGAUUGCCAUUGUGUGCAGUCUCCUUAAAUCGUACAAUAGAAGAAGUCGGCUACGUGCCCCAACUGCAAAACGAAUUAAAAAUCCUAUGGCAAAAGUUACAAAAAUGUUAUUUGCUGUGACAGUCACAUUUAUCUGUCUAAACUUACCAUCACAUAUAAACCGCCUGAGAAUAAUGAUUUCAUCAAUACUAGAGGCUGAAAGACAACAAGGACAGUAUUCCUCCCGGGAAGAAAUGAUUCAACAGAUUACAUUACUUGUGUCCUACUUGUCGUUAACAAUAAAUUUGCUAGUUUAUGUUACUUUUGGAAGCAGAUUUCGCAAAGUACUCAAAGACAUGUUUCAUAUUCCCGAAUUUUGUUUGAAAUCAGCGAAUGAAAGUAAUGGUGGAUAUAGCCAAGAGCUUAUACCUAUAAUCAAUAAUUUGCGAAAAAGUGAAAAUCAAUCCCAAAGCGUGGAUAUGACAUCUUUUGAGUAA